AUGUCUCGUAAAAGGGUUUUUCUUUUGUGCAUUUUUCUGGCUAUUUCUGCAAUUGUUGACGAAGCCGAGUCGUUCAGGAAGCCAAACGCGGCAACGAAUGUCUCCUUCCUGGAGUUCACAGAAGAUGGUCACGCUGAAGAGGGACAGGCGGGGGACCACCCGCAGGGGCAGCCAAGUGAACCCAUUGUUAACACCCAGCCGUUGCAGGAAAAUGUAAGUGAAGCCCCUAACCAUUCGGAGGAGUCAACUGGUGGAAGCAGUCAGAACGGAAAUGACGGUAGUCACGUGGAACACGCACAGGAGGGAGGCCAUGGGGAAAACCCCCACGAAGGUCAACACGACAAAGGGAGCAACGGAAACGACGCAAAUGUCAGCGCAAGCGUCAGCACAAGCAACGGCGGUAAUGCAAAGGUUGACGGAACGGCGGGUGGACACGCGGAAGAAGCGCCAAACGAGCAUGCCGUCGGGAAUGUGAGUAUCGAGAAGAACGACGCACACAGUGAGAGUACCACCGCAGGCGCUAAUUCGCAUAAGGAGGAGCAGGACUUGUAUACAUACACCCCUUCAGAUAAAGAAGAAAACAGCUCCCCUGCCAUGACUAAUAUGCACAACACGGUAGACCUGAAAGGAGGAAACGCCUCUGAAUCGGCAACCCCAAGUGGAGACAAAGCGUCUGAACAGAAUGUGCCCCACGAAGUGGCAGUUAAAAAUGGUGAGGACAGUUCGCAGGGGCCUUCCAACGUGGUAGCACUGCCUAACUCGCAUGGGGGGCAUCCUCCACAUGAGGAACAUGCAGAUCAUGGGGAGCAUGCACAACAUGGGCAACACACUGAACAUGCUGAACAUGCACAACAUGAACAGCACGACCAACAUGGACAACAAGCACAACAUGGCGAACAUACGGAACAUGCAGAACACACCAAACAUGGAGAGAAUGAAGAGCAUACACAACAUGUAGAACAUGGCGAGCACGCUGAAGAGGGGGAGAACCAAAUAUACGGGACGAUCCACCCCGAGGUGGAAGCCUCCAUUCUGUCCUCGCUGAAGGAGAAGGGCAUCCACGUGUCCAGCAUAGAAAGAGUAAUCCUAGAAAUCGUCGAAAGCGCCAAGGAAGGAGUGAAAGGAUUAUUAAAGCUACGAACAAGCAAAGACGCAGGCAAGUUACUACAAGAAGCUAUAGAAAAACUAAAAAUAAAUCCAAGACAUCUACACAUGAACAAUAAUUUCAUUACCCUAGAAAUGUAUGAUAGGAUCCUCUCGGAAAUUUUUAAAAUAUUAACAGAAAUGUCAUUCUAUAAGGAUGGUCAUUUUUAUGAAACGUUGGGUUUAAACAAAUCUCUACUAAACCAAUCGCUAAAGGAAAUUAAGAUAAAAAUGCUGAGGACCAUUGGAGUGCCCUAUACAAAGCUACCCCCCAUUGUUAAGAACAAAAAGAAAGGAGACAUGUGUGCAGUUAAGAAUCUCAUCAUUAGUAUUACAUCAAAGGAGUUAGCUCAACGAAUGGCUAUCAUGUUUUCAAAAUGGCUAGCUCCUGAUGAAUACGGAUCUGUGGUCGACUUGGAUAAAAGCAUAGAAUUAAAUGUCCUCUGCUCAGGGGCACCUAUCCUAGUGCAACAGUGGAAGUAUUACCAAAAUAUGUUAGGAUUCGAAGUGGGGAAUGAACAUGCCUUCUUAAACUUAAUAGAUGAGUUGCUAGUCAUUGAUAAGAGACAUAGUAACAAUGAUGACUAUUCUAAAGUUCUGAAGAAAAUAAAAAAAUCCAAAGCUUUUAAUUAUUGUACAAAAAUUAUGAGAAUUGCAGGAAAUAUUUCUUCCAUUCCAUUUAAUCAUGAAAACAAUAAAACGCCCAGUUAUUCGAUCGUUGGGUCGUUAGGUAACCUGGUGAAGGCUCACAUGGGGAAUUACUACACUGCAAUUGCUAACAGAAUAAACUCCUAUUUUGCCUAUGCUGAGAAGAGGAACAAAAAAAACAGUUCUUUAAAAGUUACUUCCGUCUGCACGCUCCUUCAUUUGACCGACAUGCUUUUCUACUGCUCUGAUGAGCACCUAAAGAAUAUUUUGGACCUCAACACCUUGAAGCUCAACAUUCUGAACAUGCAGGGCAAGCGUGUGCUGCAGCCCCUCGUCAAGAUGAACUUCCUCAGCGAGACGAAUAACGGCGCUCUCAAGGAGAUCUGCGAGCCCAGCAACCGCCUUGUGGACGAGACCCUGUCGAAGCUGCUCAACCUGCUCUCAACCGGUUCGCACGAAUUACUCGCAGCUGAGGUGGAAAAGCGAGGCUUCGACGAGGACUACAUCCAGGAGGAAAUCAAAAAUAUAAACGAAAGCGACAACAACAUUCGGGACAAGGGCGAAGACGAAGUGGAAAAUCUCAUUUUUGAAGAUUUGUGA